AUGCCGAACGGGGCAGAUCAACGCUUCAUGAAGGAGACGAUGGAUCUGAUCUGCAGCAUGAAGGGAGGUGCCGUGGUGGGGAUCGCGUCUUCGGUGCUGAAAAUGGUGAACAUCGCCCUGCAGAAAGUUGGAGCAGGCAGCCGGGAACGGCCGUGGCGUUCGAGAGACUGGUCUUGGAGGUGUGGUUGUGGGGAGAACACGUGGACCAGCACGUCAGACCAUGCAGCUUACAUUGAUUCCUGCGACGGAGACAUCGUAUCGAUCUGGACAUGGUCGGGUCGCCUCUUCAUCGAUCGUGGGACCUUCUUUACCUGGGGAUCAGACUCCAAGAAUGGACGACCAUGUCCGGGCACGUCUGGACCUGUAGGCAGUGCUCUUUUCGAGUUCAUUGAGGUGCCACAUCCCGGCUCCGACUAA